AUUAGAACUGUAAUCAUUAUAUAAACCCUCUCAUAGAACUAUAAAACUAACAAACUCAUCACCAACACAAUCACCAAAAAUAGAGAUUUACUAUCAACAACAAAAUGAGCUCUCCUUUUCCAAUGAUAGAUCCAAGUUCCACUGUCCUCCCUGACCCCUCCAAAUUCUUCUCUUCAAAUCUGCUAUCCAAACCACUCCCUACAAACUCCUUCUUCCAAAACUUUGUUCUCGACAAUGGUGACCAACCGGAAUACUUUCAUCCUUACCUCAUCAGAUCUUCCAACUCAUCUCUUUCUGUCUCAUAUCCAUCUCUUUCCAUCAGCCCUUCUGCUAUAUCCCAAGUUUUCACUGCUGAUCUUACCAUCACUUCCUCUACAAAAACUUCCAAUGAAAAACAUGUAGUCUCUUCCUUUAGUGAUCUCAGUGUCACCUUAGAUAUCCCUUCUGCCAACCUCACCUUCUUCCUUGUAAGAGGAAGUCCUUUUUUAACUUUCUCUGUGACAGAAUCAACACCUCUUUCUAUCACUACUAUUCAUUCCAUUCAUUCCUUUUCUUCAAAUGAUACCUUAACUAAGUACACAUUUAAGUUUGACAAUGAUCAAACAUGGAUUUUAUACUCUUCCUUGCCAAUCAAGUUAAGUCAUGGCCUUUCUGAGAUCACAUCUGAGGCCUUUUCUGGUGUAAUUCGAAUUGCUUUGUUGACGAAUUCCAAUUCACAAAAUGAAGAAGUUCUUGACAUGGUUAGUACUUGUUACCCUGUGUCUGGUGAUGCUUCAUUCAAUGAAGCAUUUACUAUGGAGUAUAAGUGGGAGACGAAAGGUUCAGGAAGUGAUUUGUUGAUGUUAGCUCACCCUCUUCAUAUUCAGCUCCUUCAAUCUAAUAGUACUGACCAUAACGUCAUGGUUUUCGAUGAUUUUAAGUAUCAAAGCAUUGAUGGAGACCUUGUUGGUGUUGUUGGUGAUUCAUGGCUUUUGGAAACUGAUCCUGUUGAUGUUACAUGGCUUUCAACGAAUGGUGUGAAGAAAGAAUCUCGUGAUGAAAUCGUUUCAUCACUUUUAAAAGAUGUUGAGGGUCUAGAUUCAUCAAAAAUAACCACAAAAGAUUCUUACUCUUAUGGUAAAUUGAUUGGAAGGGCGGCGAGGUUUGCAUUGAUAGCUGAAGAGGUUUCUUACUUAGAUGUGAUUCCAAAGGUUAAGAAGUUUUUAAAAGAAACCAUUGAGCCUUGGUUAGAUGGAACUUUAAAUGGGAAUGGAUUUCUACAAGAUGAUAAAUGGGGUGGCAUUGUUACCGAACAAGGGUCUAUGGAUUCUAACGCUGACUCCGGUUUCGGAAUUUAUAGUGAUCACCCUGAUCACUUGGGAUACUUUCUUUAUGGAAUUGCAGUUCUUACAAAGAUUGACACUGCAUGGGGUGAGAAAUACAAGUCGAAGGCCUAUUCACUUAUGAAAGAUUUUAUGAACUUGGACUCAGGACCAGACUCCGAUGACCCACGUCAAAGAGAUUAUGAUUACGUUCAAGGCCACCAUUAUGCUCCAGGGUUAAUUCAACAUAAAGAUGGAAGAAACCAUAAGAGCACAAGCCAAGCUGCAAAUGCAUAUUAUUCAGCAGCACUGAUGGGUUUGGCAUAUAACGACGCAGACCUUUUUAUCAAUGGAUCGACACUAUUAGCUUUUGGAAUUAAAGCAGCUCAAAUGUGGUGGCAUAUAAAAGAAGGAGAUAAACUAUAUGCAGAAGAGUUUACAAAAGAGAACAGGAUCAUGGGAUUUCUAUGGUCUAACAAGAGAGAAAGUGGACUUUGGUUUGCUCCACCUGAAUAUAGAGAAUGUAGACUUGGAAUUCAGCUCUUACCAUUGGUUCCUAUUUCUGAAGUAUUGUUCUCUGAUGUUGAAUAUGUGAAGCAACUUGUUGAAUGGACAUUGCCUGCUUUGAAAAGAGAUGGUGUUGAAGAAGGAUGGAAAGGGUUUGUAUAUGCUUUACAAGGAAUUUAUGAUAAGGAAACUGCAUUGAAGAAUAUAAGAAAUUUAAAAGGAUUUGAUGAUGGAAACUCAUUGACUAAUCUUUUGUGGUGGAUUUAUAGUAGAGAAUGAAAAACACUGCAUGUCUGGUUUGAUUAUUACAUCCUAUCCUAUAUGUAUAAAAAUAAGUUCAAUGUAUAAGAACAAAACUAUACUAAAGUUGCAUACAAUAUAAUCAUGCAAUAUUGUGUAUCUUACAUCAAA